AUGCCCAAAAAAUUAUCAAAUACAAUCUUGGAGAUCAAAAUUGUUUGCAGGUUUUUGCUGCAUCGCCUUGAUCAAGAUGAAGAAGAAGCCGUUCAAACAUUAUGUUUGAAAUAUCUUUCAAACGAAUUUUAUGAGCCCUUCUACAUUGCAUCGAUCUCUAAGCAGUCUGAAACAGGUUUGAUCGUUGCAUAUUCCAUGUUAGUUGGAGUAGCAUUGCUUCUUAAUAUUCUGGCAUUGUUUCUUAGUUGUGUUGGAAAAUAUAAGACAUCUCACAGUUUCAUGGUUCUUUCAUUAAUCACCGGAGAUUUUCUUCUUCUAUGUUUUUGCAUCCCGUUCAACAUGUCCACCAUAGUCACUCCGUUCUGGGAGAACAACAAUUUCCGAUGCAAACUGGUUUCUUACAUGCAAAAUGUUGCCGUGUUCGCCGUUAUAUUAACUCCAGUUGCAAUUUCAAUUGACAGGUAUCUAGCCAUAUAUUACCCAAUCAGGUUUCGAUCAAAAGUGAACAAAGGCAGAAAUUUCAUCAUGUUGAGCUUGAUUUGGGCAAUCGCU